CGCUCGCGGGCUCUGGCCGCUGCUGGCGCCGCCCGCUCGUCCCGGCCGCUUCUCUCCGGCCCCGGCGAGUCCGGCUCCUCCCGACAACUUUGCUGCGGUCCCGGAGGCCCGAGAGCCAUCGCGGCGCCGCGUGCGGCCCACUCGCGGGCCGGAUGGACGCCAGCGCCCCUCCUCCGAGCCCCUCCCGCCCACAGCCGUCGCCACCGGCACAGCCCCAGGCCCGCUCCCGGCUCAAUGGCACUUCCUCGGUAAAACAGGAGAAGAGUGGAGCGCCCAGAGCUCCUGGACCCCAAGUUGGACCUGGACCAGAUAUGGGAGAAGCCGGGGCCCCAGCAGCACCCCCGGCCCUUCGUGCCAGGAGCCGAGAAGGAGUGGACAGAACGGGGCCCGUGAAGGGAGACAUGGAAACGCCCUUUGAAGAAAUCCUGGAGAAGGCCAAGGCCGGGGACCCCAAGGCACAGACGGAGGUGGGGAAGCACUACCUGCAGCUGGCGGGCGACGCGGACGAGGAGCUCAACAACUGCACGGCCGUGGACUGGCUGACCCUGGCCGCCAAGCAGGGCCGGCGCGAGGCCGUCAAGCUGCUCCGCCGCUGCCUGGCCGACAGGAAAGGCAUCACCUCCGAGAACGAGCAGGAGGUGAAGCAGCUGUCCUCCGAGACCGACCUGGAGCGGGCCGUGCGCAAGGCGGCGCUGGUCAUGUACUGGAAGCUCAACCCCCAGCGGAAGAAGCAGGUGGCCGUGUCCGAGCUGCUGGAGAACGUGGGCCAGGUCAACGAGCACGAUGGAGGGGCACAGCCGGGCCCCGUCCCCAAGUCCCUGCAGAAGCAGCGGCGGGUGCUGGAGCGCCUGGUCAGCAGCGAGUCCAAGAACUACAUCGCGCUGGACGACUUCGUGGAGAUCACCAAGAAGUACGCCCAGGGCAUCCUCCCCACCGACCUGUUCCUGCAGGACGAUGAGGAUGACGAGCUGGCGGGCAAGAGCCCCGACGACCUGCCCCUGCGCCUGAAGGUGGUCAAGUACCCGCUGCACGCCAUCAUGGAGAUCAAAGAGUACCUGAUCGAGAUGGCCUCGCGCGCGGGCAUGCACUGGCUGUCCACCAUCGUCCCCACCCACCACAUCAACGCCCUCGUCUUCUUCUUCAUCAUCAGCAACCUGACCAUCGACUUCUUCGCCUUCGUCGUGCCCCUGGUGGUCUUCUACCUGUCCUUCGUCUCCAUGGUCAUCUGCACCCUCAAGGUCUUCCAGGACAGCAAGGCCUGGGAGAGCUUCCGCACGCUCACCGGCCUGCUGCUGCGCUUCGAGCCCAACCUGGACGUGGAGCAGGCCGAGGGCAACUUCGGCUGGAACCACCUGGAGCCCUACGCGCACUUCCUGCUGUCGGUGGCCUUCGUCAUCUUCUCCUUCCCCCUCGCCAGCAAGGACUGCAUCCCCUGCUCGGAGCUGGCCGUGGUGGCCGUCUUCUUCACCGCCACCAGCUACAUGAGCCUGAGCAGCUCCGCCGAGCCCUACACCCGCAGGGCGCUGGUGACCGAGGUGGCCGCCGGCCUGCUCUCCCUCCUGCCCAGCCUGCCCUUCGACUGGCACGGCCUGAAGCUGCUGGGCCAGACCCUCCUCACGGUGCCCGUGGGCCCCCUGGUGGUGCUGAACGUCAGCCUGCCCUGCCUGCUCUACGUCUACCUGCUCUUCCUCUUCUUCCGCAUGGCGCAGCUGCGGCGCUUCCGGGGCACCUACUGCUACCUGGUCCCCUACCUGGUCUGCUUCAUGUGGUGCGAGCUCUCCGUGGUCAUCCUGCUCCACGCCACCGGCCUGGGGCUGGUCCGCGCCUCCAUCGGCUACUUCCUCUUCCUCUUCGCGCUCCCGGUCCUGGCGGCCGGCCUGGCGCUCACGGGCGCGGUGCAGCUUGCCCUCUGGCUCGUGUCGCUGGAGCUCACCAAGGUCGCGGUCACCCUGGCGCUCUGCAGCGUGCCCCUGCUGCUGCGCUGGUGGAGCCGGGCCAACCUCUCGGUGCUGGAGGUGGUCCGGUCGCUGACGCGGAGCUCCGUGGUCAAGCUCAUCCUGGUGUGGGUCUCGGCCAUCGUGCUGUUCUGCUGGUUCUACGUGUACCGCUCGGAGGGCAUGAAGGUGUACAACUCCACGCUGACCUGGCCGCAGUACGGCGCCCUGUGCGGGCCGCGGGCCUGGAAGGAGACCAACAUGGCGCGCACCCAGAUCCUGUGCAGCCACCUGGAGGGCCACCGCGUCACGUGGACGGGCCGCUUCAAGUACGUGCGGGUGACGGACAUCGACAACAGCGCCGAGUCGGCCAUCAACAUGCUGCCGUUCGUCAUCGGCGACUGGAUGCGCUGCCUGUACGGCGAGGCCUACCCCGCCUGCAGCCCCGGCAACGCCUCCACGGCCGAGGAGGAGCUGUGCCGCCUCAAGCGGCUGGCCAAGCACCCCUGCCACAUCAAGCGGUUCGACCGCUACAAGUUCGAGAUCACCGUGGGCAUGCCCUUCGGCGCCAACGGCAGCCGCGGCCCCGAGGAGGACGACGUGACCAAGGACAUCGUGCUGCGGGCCAGCAGCGAGUUCAAGGACGUGCUGCUGGGCCUGCGCCAGGGCAGCCUCAUCGAGUUCAGCACCGUCCUGGAGGGCCGCCUGGGCAGCAAGUGGCCCGUCUUCGAGCUCAAGGCCAUCAGCUGCCUCAACUGCGCGGCCCAGCUGGCGCCCGCCCGGCGCCACGUGAAGAUCGAGCAGGACUGGCGCAGCACCGUGCACGGCGCCGUGAAGUUCGCCUUCGACUUCUUCUUCUUCCCCUUCCUGUCGGCCGUGUGAGGGCGCGGCCCCGCGGGUGGGGGGGGGGGG